AUGGAAAAACAAUCCAAUACGGAAGGCGGAAAGGCCAGCAAAGAGGAGAGCUACAAGAACUACAUAGAUGAACUGAAUGUUGUGCCUUCCAUUUUACAAAACAAGAAUCUGGAUUCACUCGCAUCUAAUUCCACGAUCGAUGAAAAUAAAUUAAUGAACGUAAAUGAUAUGUGUAACCUUUACUUGGAUCGAAACCUUGACAAGGGAAGCAGCAAGCGAGUGGUGGAUACACACAUGGAGGAGGGGACCGGACAACCGAAAGACUUGAGCUUUCCAGGCAUGAUGAGAAACAACCCCGUGAUGGAUUUUUUAAGUACACCCAUUGUGAAUGACAACGGAGGGGGAGUCAGUACCAACCACUGCUUGAGCGAAGGGAGGAAUGAAACGCUUCCUAGUGAACCCUCCCCGAGUGAUCAGAUCGACAUGGAAGAACACCACGCACAUGUGAAGGAGGCGAACAAAACCAAUGGAGUUAUUUCUCUACACACAGAGACAGAAGACCUUCCCCCUAGUCACAGCAAGACAGGAAUCAGUGGGACGGACUUGACAGAAGAAAGAAUGGAAAAAUGUAGCCCCUUUUUUUACAAGGACAGUCCGAAUUACUCGCAGCUGAAUUACGCGCCGCAGAAUUACGCGCAACAGAAUGGGGAGGAGGAGGAUCACCUUUGUGGAGCCGCCAACUGUUCAUGUAAGAAUGAAAAAAAUUGCUUCUACCCCAAUGGAGUUUUCCCCCACUGCAGUGAACAGAACGAAAUGGUUGCCCACUCGGAGGUCCACAACGGUUACAACUACAGAUUCAUUAAGCUUUACCUAGAGCAAAUGCUGAACAAGCCAAGGAGCAUCAAGGAGGAGGGACACACCUUGGAUGAUGAGGCAUUUGACGUGAACAGCUACUUCAAGAAGGGUUACCUUCCGAAGGAUGCCGCGCUGCAGGUUGGUUUCUACGGUGAGCCCUUCUUCGGCCACCAGGAGAAGGACACGCAAGGGGGCACACACGAGAAUGAGCACAAGGAUGCGCUCAGCAGUGCACACAAGGAUGCCCUCACCAGUGCUCACAAGGAUGCCCUCACCAGUGCACUCAUCAAUGCGCUCACCAAUGCGAUCACCAAUGCACACACAACUACGCUUACCCAUGUGCAGGCCUAUCUACAGGGAGGAGUGGAGGACCCCGAGACCCUCCCCAACGGCGGCGACACCCACAUGAAGAGUUCCAUCCCCUGUGACGAAUUGAAAAAUUAUGCCAAUUCUGGCAAUGAAGAAUCCCCAAAUGAAGGGUUCAACAAGGGAGUCGAAGACUGCAUGGAUAAUUGCAACUACGAUUUGGCUAGUCACUCAGAAGGUAGAAAUAUUGCCCCAAAUGGGUUCACGAAUCAUUUGUCUUUACAGAUGCAAAGCCAAUCCAAGGGUGAGGAUCAGAACCCUGAUCAUGUAUUUAAAAAUAUUGCAAUGAAGAUCCAUCACUACUUGAAGAAUUACAGCACAAAGAUGAUCUUCGAGGAGGGGAAGCAGCUCAAUGCUGGUCCCACUCAUGGCAUAGCCCAAAGGGGUACCAACCACCCCGCCGCUAUGGCUACGGCUAUGCCAACCGCUAUACCUACCGCUAUGCCAACCGCUAUACCUACCAAUGCGGGCACGUCCAUCGCCAACUCGAGAAGCCACAUGCACCACGUAUACCCCGUCCAUAUAAACUACCCCUUCGCUAGCUGCUCCGCGAAGGACAAAGCAGUCCUACAGGAAAGCAUCAAAAUAACCGUCCCGCUAUUUCUCCUCUAUAUUACGAAUGCUUAUGCCACUAGAGACCCCAGUGGAAGGAUCAGCAACAGUGUGCAUGCAAUGCGUCGGAAGAGACUCAAAAAAAAAAUCAUUAACGAAAUCAUUUUUGGAUUUACCUGUGCAGAUGCAGAUAAAUACGUAGAGCAGCUUCUAUGCAACAUUAAAAAAUGCUUCAUUCAAGUAUUGGACUACCUUAAAGAGUAUAACCCCGAGUGGGUCUGCAGCAGCGAUGGGGAUUCCUACUUCUAUCACUUCAGGAAAAUUAUGGCUAUUAACAGCUCCUAUGUGGACGUUAGUUCUAUUGUCCACCACGCCAGGGUGCUCACCAACAUGAAGAAGAAGAAGUGGGCCGCAGGACCGGUCAGAGGCGCGGUGGUGAGAGGUGGCCUAGUGGGAGGCGGCCAGGAGAGAGGCGGCCUAGUGAGAGGUGACCUGCAGAGGAGCAGUCUAGACCUCGGACUGAACGAAUCUGAGUAUGGGGUUCACCAAAAUCAGUAUGACCUCAACGUGAUGGCUUCCAAGGAGGGAGAUGGAAUGCUGUGCAGGGAAGACCUAAUCGAUGUUGAGGACAAACUUUAUUACGCACCCAGUGACAUGCGAACCAGCAUUGAAACGGUGACUAACGAGAAUGGGAAGCCGGACAAGGACAAGUAUGGCCGUAACUUUGGGUUGAAGGUUUACAGCGAAGAGGGGGAAGAGGGGGAAGGCCACGAAAAGGGAGAAGAGGGAGAAGUGCACCAAGAGGGCGAAGGGGCCCAACCGCUAGAAGGAGUGGAGACUUACGGAGGGUUCAGCGUUCAGGGUGAUACCAACACCCUCCUUGGGGAUUACAUUCCUCAGGAGGGAGCUCCCGCCGAUGGGACGCACCCAGGUGACCCAUUACACAUUAGCCGUAGUCACCAUACAGAGAAAAAAAAUGAGCAGGAUCCGAAGAAAGAGAAAGAAAAGGCACUAUGCCACCUUCAAGAAUCUACAAAAAAGGAGGAAGAAGCAUCGACUGGGAAGGAGACCUCAAAUGGGGAGGGAGAAAAUGCCAGUGUCCAAGGGGGGGAGGAUGCUAAUGGAGAAGCCCAGCAGGGGAAGCAGCAGGGGAAGCAGUGGACGCAGCAGCAGAAGGGGACGCAGCAGCUGGCUACCCCCAUUGUUGGAAGCCAGGAAGUGGACAGCAAGGAGACGGAGGACGCAGGCCAUACUUCCGACGCGGGUGAAAGUCCAAAGAACGAACAGAAUGGCAUCAUAACCUGUGGCGACGGAUUCGGUUUACAGUCGAGCAUAAUUCCCGGAGUAGAAGGGGGCGGGCCCCCCCCCACUGAGGAAACUAGCAACCCCCCCAACGUCCAUCCUACGUUGUAUGACGAAUCUGCGAUGUUUAAGGAGCAGUGUCUGAGUGUCUCCGCGAGCGACAAAUUAAAAUCGAAUGAGAGGAAGACAAGUGCAUCUGACAAGAUCGAUUCAGAGGAGUAUGAUUCUGUUUAUCCAGCUAGCCAUUUUUCGAACCGCUUGCCUCUGCCUCUAGGAAAGGCGAAUGAUCCGGUAGGGGCGGUCGGACAAGUCGGAGCAGUCGGAGAAGUCGAAGCAAUCGGACAAGUCGAAGCUGAUGCGACGCACGAGGCCAACCCUGGCACAUCGCAAAUGAAGCAGAACCCGAAAGGGAACCGGAAGUUGAAGAACCGACUCGUUCUCUAA